AUGUCAUCAUUCGAUUCAGAAUUAAAUUCUGCAUCGAACAGAAUAGGCUUAAUUCUAAUCAAUCGAAGUAUCCGUCAUCCCUUCAAUUUGACUCGUUUGGAGAUAUUUUUCUGGCUGAGCAAGGAAAUAAUUGAAUCCAAAAUAUCUUCGAUUUUCUCAUCGACUCGAAGAUUAGUGGCUCUCAAUUAUGUAAUCACUAUCAAGUCUCGUGUUAGGCGUCGAAAAACGAUAUCCUAUUACCAUCCAAUUUUCAAUAUCCUACAUGAUUGUAGCAGAAAGUCUCGUUGGUUUCACCGCAAAAACUUAUGCAUUGCAGAUGCGUCGGUGCACAUCAUAUAUACAAGGGAUUCGGUAUUGCAUAUGCGUGAUAACUCUGUUAAUUAUUCUAUUACUCAUCAGUAUGGAGAUCUAUUACGCGAAGAUUUUGAUGCAACAGUCUUGACCAGAAAAGGUCAUUUGAACCUUUGCGGCACAUUUGCACUGACUGAAAGUCAUAGUUGUUGUUUUCGAAUGAAACUACUCAUUCUACAGCAAUACACUCUGUGA